UACAAUAGAGAGCGAAACCCAACUCAUAAAAACAGAACAUAUUUUCUAAUCGUAACAAAGUUGGGAGAGAAGAGAAAAAUGAGUGACAACGCACCAGUGCCCAAGUGGUUCAGAUUCAAACCCACCGGGGAGGAGCUCAUCACUCGCUUGAACCUGAAGACUCAAGGAAAGGAGUCCGAACUCGAUUCUCACAUUGCCGAGAUCGAUCAUAUCUGCAAGUGGGAACCUUGGGAACUACCUUUUAUGUCGAAGAUGGACCCCAAUAAUGGGGAGUGGUGGUUCUUGUGUCGCCCGGAUUACAAAAACAGCCAUAGUAACAGGUCAAACAGAAGGACUAAAACAGGACACUGGAAAAUAACUGGUAAGGAACGCAACAUCAAAGAUUGCAAUGGAAGGAAGAGGAUUUUGGUCUUCUAUGAAGGCCCUUCUCCUGGCAAACGGACCGAUUGGGUACUCCACGAGUAUUAUUCUCUUCAACCCAAUAUUUCCGUUUCUCUCCAGAAGUCGGCCUAUGUUAUUUGCCAAUUGAAGCGCAAAUAUCAUGAGAAGGGUGAUACUCCAGAUUGCUCCGAAUGUGAGCUGAGUCCAACUAGUGAAAUGGCAUCUGAUCUUGGAAACUCGUUAGUGUCUGCUCCAACUACACCUGUCAAUAAUUUUAUAUCAUCCCCACAACAUCAACUAUGCUCACCAGAACUGUGCAACAUAGUGCAGGCGUUGUUUGAUGAAGAUAUGCCAGAAUUUAGCUGUGAUAAAAUUGAAAAGUGUUACGGAGAAUUUCUGAAUUUAGUAUCUGCUCACCCAGGAGAAUAUAAUUCUGGAGAAACAAACAUUACGUACAAUAGCCCCAACAUGAGCGAUUCAUCAAAGAGUUCUUAUGUGGAUGGCCCAGUGAGCAAUGACACACACACCAUAGGAGUCAAAGAACGGUAUCGCCAAACAUGGAGAGCUCAAGUUCAUUUGGUUCGCUUGUUGGCUCAAAGAAAAUCCAGAGUGUCUGAAUGGGGUAAACAUCAAGUGAAACUCUAUAUUAUCUUGUGGGUGAAGUUUCCAUCCAAGAAACAACUUUUUCCAUUAUUCAUUAGAGUUUCAAUGUGGAUUCUUCUUCUGCUGAUCACUCAACGACAUUGGAAGAGGAGUUCAGUCGUCUAAACUUGCCCCACAAGGAAUAUCAUUAAGUUUCUGUCCAUGAUUUAUAAGAGAGUGUUGAUAUACGCUCAAGAUGGCGUAUUUAUAAGAAUAUGAUUUGUAACAACUCAUCUGUAGAAUCAACUAGAGUCCAAAAUGGAUGUGCUGAAGUGUAACCUACAACCAGCGAGCAACCAGCGAGCAAGUAAUAAGCCUCUAUGAGUAGCAAGGCACAGCGGUUGCUGCAUACUGCUUGACAUUUGGCUUUCUUUUAUCCGUACCAGUUGUAGGUUGAAUGUUUGACAUUUGAGAAGACCCUGAAGAGGCCGUUCUUAGUUCAUCCCCCAGACAGCACACGACAACUCGCUCUUGCCAGCUCUAGCUGUGCGUCCUUAAAAUUUUUUACACACAUUCUAUAAAAGUCAUGAGUAACUCUAUCCAUUGCCAGCAGUAAACAAUCUUACAGCGGAAGAACGUAUCAUCUGCUUCAAUACCUGGAAGCAAGAAACUAAAGCUAGACGAUUGAAACUCAUUGAGAAACCUUCUCUCUAAUGUAAAGGCCAGAGCAGCUACAAAACACAGUACUUGUUCUGAUUAGGAGCCUGAACAGGGAAAAGAUCUACUGCAAAGACUAACAAAUGUGGGAGUUUGAGUCAUCAUGUGAUAAGAGUUUGUUCUUGAAUUUGUUUUAAUUUGUUGGGGGAAGUGGAUACUGGCCUGUUUUUCUUAAUUUUAUGGAGUUUAGCAAGAGAUGAUUACAUAUUUCUCACCUUGUUUCGAUUAAUGGUCUUGUCUUGUAUAAACUACUUGUCCAUAUAGAUUCUAUGCAUGGCGUUCGUAUAUAUAUAAACUCGAAUGAAUUUGUUUUGAA